UUACAAAGUUCACAAGCUGCGCUUGCACUCCCAGAGCAACUCACUCGUCUGACUACUGAACUAAGCCCCGCCCCAAACCGCCGCUCCUUAUUCUCAUUGGCUGGCCCGACUGUACAUCACACUUGAAAGCCCGCCCUACCCUAAAUUAUAUUCUCGGGGCAGUGUACGGACUGCUUUACACUGCUGCGACAGGGUGAAUAGUGCGCGGAGGUGGGGGGUCUUUACCAGUUCCUACAAAUGGUUGUUCACGUUAAUCCGGGAUCUCACCACCGCGCCAGAGCAAUCACAAUGGACACGAACCAGCAGAAAAUGGACGCAAAUAUUCUGCUUCUUGGAGCGGAAAAAGUCGGCAAGUCCGCGCUGACAGUGCGUUUCAUCACCCGACGGUUUAUCGGCGAGUACGGACAUAUAGACUCCAUAUAUUGUCACAGUGACCGAAUUGAUGGACGGGAGGUCUGUUUCAACAUUUGGGACUCCUUGUAUCCACAAAAUGCUUUGGCUGCAGGAGAGGUCAAUGAAAAGCAGCUGCACUGGGCUGAUGGCUUCAUUCUGGUCUACAGCAUCUGUGACCGCUCCAGCUUCAACGUGGUGCGCCAGCAGGUGCAGCACAUCCGGCGGUGCAAGAAGCCGUCAGGAACUGCUCCGGUCAUCAUAGUGGGCAACAAACGGGAUCUGCAGCACCGGCGCACCGUUUCUAGCGAAGAAGGCCGACUCCUGGCCCUGUCUGCCGACUGCGGCUUCUUCGAGAUCUCUGCUGCGGAGGCUCAUCAUGGCGUCUUGCUUGUGUUCCAUGAACUCUUGGAGCUCAUCCGUGAGGCACGUGCUCUUAGAAAGGGCACAGCUGGAAUCAAGAACAUCGUAAGAAGCAUGUCUGCUGUCUUUGGAAGAAGACGAACUGAGUGAUGUGCACUGGGGAUGACCCCCGCCCCACACACACUGGUUACAAAACCAAGAAUAAGUCUGGACUUGAUGCUAUUGCUGCCAAGCUAGAAAUCACUGCUUUAACUGCAGCUCCUCCAGCCACAUCCCUGAGCGCAGCUCAUUUUGAGCUCCAGGGGAGCAGUAGCACUUAAGAUAUCAGUUUCAUGCUGAACUGGUGAAUGAUUCUUUGUCCUAGUGUGGACUGUUUCUUGUUGCUUUAACCCCAAGGAACCUGAAUUUUAAGCUGCUAUAGAUCCUGAGGCUGAUGUUGUACUGAGACUGUGGUCAUUCCUUCCCUUUGGAGACAUUGACUGACUGCAUUGCUGUAACUCCACUUUGUAUGAUCAGGGCUCUGUUCAUAGCUGCCCUUGGUAACCUUCCUAUGCAUCAUUAUCAUACUGUCUUUUGUCCACUACUGUGUAGUGUAUCUUAUUGCCAGACAGGGUAUGCACAUGUUUGGAGGAACUAGAUUUAAAUAUUUAAAAAAGACACAAAACAAAGGGUCUGACUUCACUAUUCCUGCACAGUGUAGUAAAAAGUACA